AGAACAACAGAAAGUAGGCUAAUAUGGUGAUACAGUUUACGUGUUUUUUUUAGCGACUGUCAAAAAAAACCUGUCGUUUUUUUAUGUUUAUUUGACUUUUGUAAACUGCGCUUCAUAGUGUACUUCUGUAUGAAUUUGUUUUGGAUUUAAUUUAAAGAAUAUAAAUUGACAGUGUUGCUAACAUGCUAACACGCUAACUCAGCUAGCAUGCUAACUCAGCUAACAUGCUAACUCUGUCACAGACCUCUAAUCAGAAUCAGAAUCAGUAAGAGCUUUAUUAACAGAAAUCACUAAUCCCAGGCAGUGAGAUAAUGGACGCUGGCAGCCGGAAAGACCGAACCAAACAGAAGGAGACGUCUGUAAGAGGGGACCGAGUGAAACAGAAAUCUGCUCAGCAGGAGCUCAAACAGAGACAGAGAGCAGAGAUCUACGCCCUGAACAAAGUCAUGACGGAGCUGGAACAGCAGCAGUUCGAGACGUUUUGCAAGCAGAUGCAGUCGCAACCAGAAUGAAGAUGGGACGUAUUUAAAAAGACGAUGAACCGAAGCUCUGCGUGACCGAACACCAGACUCUUUAACACAGUAUGCAGAGCGUUAAGUCGAUCAGUAGCAGUAUUCAUACUGAGGUUAUGUAUAAAUAGUCACCAAGCCAAAAGAAACAGAUUAUUACACGCCGAGUCUCUGACGUGAUGGAAGUGAUGAAGAGGAAAUACAAAAUGUUCACGAUCAACCAUUUUAUUCGUUUUGUUUGGGGAGAAGUUGAUUAGUAUUAUUGUUAUUAAACUGCAGUUAUUUUACAGUGUUUGUUGUAUUAAUAUUGUACAGAGUUUACAGAGAACGCAUGGAAAACCUCGCUGUUUCAUGACUCUCACUUAUGGAUGUUAACCCUGUUCUCCUUUUACCACUGAUGAUGUUAUUUAAUACUUUAAAAAAAAUAAAUAUCAGUCAAACGC